UCGCAGGGUCGGAGGCACUCCUUUUUUGCGCCAGGGGGCGGGGGCACGGGCCGAGGACCGGCCGAGCCCGGACCGCGAAGGUGGAGGACUCUUUUCUGUGGCGGAGGGAUCUUCGGCGGAGGCGGCGGCGGCUGUAGCUGCUGCCUGAGAGUUGUUGUUUCCUCCUCCUCCUCCUCCGCCUCCGCCGCCGUUGCUUGAAUGGUGGAGCCGAAGCUCGGCUCGUGAACACACAGUGACAGCUAUAGGGCAGGCGGCGGCACCAUCCCCGCUUCCCGUCGGCGGCGGGGUGUCCCGCCAGCGGCCUUUAAGUGACCCAUAAACAUGUCUUGUGAGAGGAAAGGCCUCUCGGAGCUGCGAUCGGAGCUCUACUUCCUCAUCGCCCGGUUCCUGGAAGAUGGACCCUGUCAGCAGGCGGCUCAGGUGCUGAUCCGCGAGGUGGCCGAGAAAGAGCUGCUGCCCCGACGCACCGACUGGACCGGGAAGGAGCAUCCCAGGACCUACCAGAAUCUGGUGAAGUAUUACAGACAUUUAGCACCUGAUCACUUGCUGCAAAUAUGUCAUCGAUUAGGACCUCUUCUUGAACAAGAAAUUCCACAAAGCGUUCCUGGAGUACAAACAUUAUUAGGAGCUGGAAGACAGUCUUUGCUACGCACAAACAAAAGCUGCAAGCAUGUUGUAUGGAAAGGAUCUGCUCUGGCUGCACUGCAUUGUGGAAGACCACCUGAGUCACCAAUUAACUAUGGUAGCCCACCCAGCAUUGCGGAUACUUUGUUUUCAAGGAGGCUGAAUGGGAAAUACAGGCUUGAGCGACUUGUUCCAACUGCAGUAUAUCAGCACAUGAAAAUGCAUAAACGAAUUCUUGGACACUUGUCGUCUGUGUACUGCGUAACUUUUGAUAGAACUGGCAGGCGGAUAUUUACCGGAUCUGAUGACUGUCUUGUGAAAAUCUGGGCAACAGAUGAUGGAAGAUUAUUAGCUACUUUAAGAGGACAUGCUGCUGAAAUAUCAGACAUGGCUGUAAACUAUGAGAAUACCAUGAUAGCAGCUGGAAGUUGUGAUAAAAUGAUCCGAGUCUGGUGUCUUCGAACAUGUGCACCUUUGGCUGUUCUUCAGGGUCACAGUGCGUCUAUAACAUCACUACAGUUCUCACCAUUGUGCAGUGGCUCAAAGAGAUAUCUAUCUUCUACUGGGGCAGAUGGCACUAUUUGUUUUUGGCUGUGGGAUGCUGGAACCCUUAAAAUAAAUCCAAGACCUGCAAAAUUUACAGAGCGCCCUCGGCCUGGAGUUCAAAUGAUCUGUUCUUCUUUUAGUGCUGGUGGAAUGUUUCUGGCCACAGGAAGUACAGAUCAUAUUAUUAGGGUUUAUUUUUUUGGCUCAGGUCAGCCAGAGAAAAUAUCAGAAUUGGAGUUUCAUACUGACAAAGUUGACAGUAUCCAGUUUUCCAACACUAGUAACAGAUUUGUAAGUGGGAGUCGCGAUGGGACAGCACGUAUUUGGCAAUUUAAACGAAGAGAAUGGAAGAGCAUUUUAUUGGAUAUGGCUACUCGUCCAGCAGGCCAAAACCUUCAAGGAAUAGAAGAUAAAAUCACAAAAAUGAAAGUAACUAUGGUGGCAUGGGAUCGACAUGACAGCACAGUUAUAACUGCAGUUAAUAACAUGACUCUGAAAGUCUGGAAUUCUUACACGGGCCAACUAAUUCAUGUCUUGAUGGGUCAUGAAGAUGAAGUAUUUGUUCUUGAGCCACACCCAUUUGACCCAAGAGUUCUCUUUUCUGCCGGUCAUGAUGGAAACGUCAUAGUAUGGGAUCUGGCAAGAGGAGUCAAAAUUCGAUCCUAUUUCAAUAUGAUUGAAGGCCAAGGACAUGGUGCAGUGUUUGACUGCAAAUGCUCUCCCGACGGUCAGCAUUUUGCAUGCACAGACUCUCAUGGACAUCUUUUAAUUUUUGGCUUUGGCUCCAGUAGCAAAUAUGACAAGAUAGCAGAUCAGAUGUUCUUUCAUAGUGAUUAUCGGCCCCUUAUUCGUGAUGCCAACAAUUUUGUGUUAGAUGAACAGACUCAGCAAGCACCUCAUCUCAUGCCUCCCCCUUUUUUGGUUGAUGUUGAUGGUAACCCUCAUCCAUCAAGAUACCAGAGAUUAGUUCCUGGUCGUGAAAAUUGCAGGGAAGAGCAGCUAAUCCCUCAGAUGGGAGUAACUUCCUCAGGACUGAACCAAGUUUUAAGUCAGCAAGCAAAUCAAGACAUCAGCCCAUUGGACAGCAUGAUUCAAAGACUACAACUGGAGCAAGACCUGAGACGUUCUGGUGAAGGAAGUAUCAAUAAUGCCAGCCGUUUAAGUAGAGGUUCUCUAAGCUCUACCUCAGAGGUUCAUUCACCACCAAAUAUAGGGCUAAGGCGUAGUGGACAAAUUGAAGGGGUACGACAAAUGCACAGCAAUGCACCAAGGAGUGAAAUAGCCACAGAGCGGGAUCUUGUAGCAUGGAGUCGGAGAGUGGUAGUACCUGAGCUUUCUGCUGGUGUAGCAAGUAGGCAAGAAGAAUGGAGAACUGCAAAGGGAGAAGAAGAAAUAAAAACGUACAGAUCAGAAGAGAAAAGAAAACACUUCACUGCUCCAAAAGAAAACAAAGUACCCACUGUCUCAAAGAAUCAUGCUCAUGAGCCUUUCCUGGAUCUUGGAGAAUCCAAAAAACAGCAGGCAAAUCAACACAGUUAUCGCACAAGAUCUGCUUUAGAAGAGAUUCCUAGACCUUCAGAAGACAUAGAAAAUGGCACUAGCUCUUCAGAUGAAGGUGAAGUUGUUGCUGUCAGUGGUGGAACCUCUGAAGAAGAAGAGAGAGCAUGGCACAGUGAUGGCAGCUCUAGUGACUACUCCAGUGACUAUUCUGAUUGGACAGCUGAUGCAGGAAUUAAUCUGCAGCCACCAAAGAAAAUUCCUAAGCAUAAAACCAAGAAGGCAGAAAGCAGUUCAGAUGAAGAAGAAGAAUCUGAAAAACAGAAGCAAAAACAGAUUAAAAAGGAAAAGAAAAAAGUAAAUGAAGAGAAAGAUGGACCAAUAUCACCAAAGAAAAAAAAGCCCAAAGAAAGAAAACAAAAGAGGUUGGCUGUAGGAGAACUAACAGAAAAUGGGUUGACGUUAGAAGAAUGGUUGCCUUCAACAUGGAUUACCGAUACUAUUCCCCGAAGAUGUCCAUUUGUACCACAGAUGGGUGAUGAGGUUUAUUAUUUCCGACAAGGACAUGAAGCGUAUGUUGAAAUGGCCCGGAAAAAUAAAAUUUAUAGUAUCAAUCCUAAAAAACAGCCAUGGCAUAAAAUGGAACUACGGGAACAAGAACUGAUGAAAAUAGUUGGCAUAAAGUAUGAAGUGGGAUUGCCUACCCUUUGCUGCCUUAAACUUGCUUUUCUUGAUCCUGAUACUGGUAAACUGACUGGCGGAUCAUUUACCAUGAAAUACCAUGAUAUGCCUGAUGUUAUAGAUUUCCUAGUCUUGAGACAACAGUUUGACGAUGCAAGAUACAGGCGGUGGAAUAUAGGUGACCGUUUCAGAUCAGUCAUAGAUGAUGCCUGGUGGUUUGGAACAAUUGAAAGCCAGGAACCUCUUCAACCUGAGUACCCUGAUAGUUUGUUUCAGUGUUAUAAUGUUUGCUGGGAUAAUGGUGAUACAGAAAAGAUGAGUCCUUGGGAUAUGGAGCUUAUACCUAAUAAUGCUGUAUUUCCUGAAGAACUAGGUACCAGUGUUCCUUUAACUGAUGUUGAAUGCAGAUCAUUGAUCUAUAAACCUCUUGAUGGAGAAUGGGGUUCCAAUCCAAGGGAUGAAGAAUGUGAAAGAAUUGUUGCAGGAAUAAACCAGUUGAUGACACUAGAUAUUGCUUCAGCAUUUGUGGCCCCUGUGGAUCUGCAAGCCUAUCCCAUGUAUUGCACUGUAGUGGCAUAUCCAACAGAUUUAAGUACAAUUAAACAAAGACUGGAAAACAGGUUUUACAGGCGGGUUUCUUCCCUAAUGUGGGAAGUUCGAUAUAUAGAGCAUAAUACACGAACAUUUAAUGAGCCUGGAAGCCCAAUUGUAAAAUCUGCUAAGUUUGUGACUGAUCUUCUUCUACAUUUUAUAAAGGAUCAGACUUGCUAUAACGUAAUUCCACUCUACAAUUCAAUGAAGAAGAAAGUUUUGUCUGACUCUGAGGAAGAAGAGAAAGAUGCUGAUGUGCCAGGAACUUCCACUCGAAAAAGGAAGGACCAUCAGCCUAGAAGAAGAUUACGUAAUAGAGCGCAGUCUUAUGAUAUUCAAGCAUGGAAAAAACAAUGUCAAGAAUUGUUAAAUCUCAUAUUUCAGUGUGAAGACUCUGAGCCUUUCCGCCAGCCAGUAGAUCUCCUUGAAUAUCCAGACUACAGAGACAUCAUUGACACUCCAAUGGAUUUUGCUACCGUUAGAGAAACGUUAGAGGCUGGGAAUUAUGAGUCACCAAUGGAGUUAUGUAAAGAUGUCAGACUUAUUUUUAGUAAUUCUAAAGCAUAUACACCGAGCAAAAGAUCAAGGAUUUAUAGCAUGAGUUUGCGCCUGUCUGCUUUCUUUGAAGAACACAUCAGUUCAGUUUUAUCAGAUUAUAAAUCUGCUCUUCGUUUUCAUAAAAGAAAUACAAUAAGCAAAAGGAGGAAGAAAAGAAACAGGAGCAGCUCUGUUUCCAGUAGUGUUGCAUCAAGCCCUGAAAGGAAGAAAAGGAUUGUGAAACCCCAACUUAAGUCAGAUAUCUCUACCUCUGCAUUCUGUACACCUACGCGAUUAAUACCACCAAGGCACAAUGCUGCUCAGAUAAAUGGUAAAACAGAAUCCAGUUCUGUAGUUCGAACGAGAAGCAACCGGGUGGUUGUAGAUCCAGUUACCACAGAGCAACCAUCUACUUCUUCAGAAGCAAAGACUUUUAUUUCGAAAGCUAAUACAUCUGCAAUGCCAGGGAAAACAAUUCUAGAGAAUUCUGUGAAACAUUCCAAAACCUUGAAUACUCUUUCAAGUCCUGCUCAAUCCAGCUUUAGUCAUGACACUAGGAAUAAUUCUGCAAAAGAAAAUUUGGAAAAGGAAAAGCCAGUCAAACGUAAAAUGAAAUCAUCUGUGCUCUCCAGGACAUCCACUCUUUCAAAGUCAUCAACUAUCAUUGAACAAGAUUGUAAGAACAAUGCUCUUAUACCAGGAAGCAUUCAAGUGAAUGGCCAUGGAGGGCAGCCGUCUAAACUUGUGAAGAGGGGGCCUGGAAGGAAACCUAAGGUAGAAAUUAAUACUGGUAGUGGUGAACUUAUACACAAGAAAAGGGGUCGAAAGCCCAAAAAGCUACAGUAUGCAAAGCCAGAAACUGCAGAGCAAAAUAAUGUGCAUUCUGUCAGAGAUGAAGUAGUUCCUUCUUCAACUUGCAAUUUCCUUUCUGAAACUAAUACUGUACAGGAGGAUUUGUUACAGAAAAAGAGUCGUGGAGGCCGAAAACCCAAAAGGAAGAUGACACAAAAACUAGACUCAGAUCUCAUAGUUCCCACAAGUGUUAAAAUGCUAAGGAGAAGUAACCGAAAAAAGACAGAUGAUCCCAUGGAUAAGGAAGAAGAGUUUGAAGAUCUUAAAGGCUCUGAACCCCACAUGAGAACUAGAAACCAAGGUCGAAGGACAGCUUUCUAUAAUGAGGAUGACUCUGAAGAGGAGCAAAGGCAGCUGUUGUUUGAAGACACCUCUUUGACUUUUGGAACUUCAAGCAGAGGACGAGUCCGAAAGUUGACUGAAAAAGCGAAAGCUAAUUUAAUUGGUUGGUAAUAUGUACCAGACUAUUUUACUUCAGAAUCAUAAAGCAGGUACAGUAAAGGAAUAUGUAGAACUAAGGCUUCUGCUUCCUUGCUGCUGUGGUGGAUUAGGGAAUGUUAUGAUUUGAUUUGCAAAAAAAAAAAAGUAAACAAACUUAUAAGACACUUCACUUCUUUAAAUGAAUAUAUAUAAAUAUAUACAUAUAUAUUUUAAAUGUUUGCUAUUUAUUACCCUUAGAUAGUUAUGCAUUUCAAUAUUCAUUUCAUUCACUGUUGGGGGGAAAAAGAAUUGAGGACCUACAAUGAAUUCCCAGUUUAUUUCUGGAAAAGACAGUUCUGCUACAUUUUUAAGGAGCGUAAUAUUCCUAGUGAUAGAGCAUUUCAUGUUAAAGCGAAUUAUUUUUGACCAAGCCAAGUACAUUUCUAUUGAUAUAGAAGUUGUGCCCCCCCCCCCCCCCCCAGGAAGACAUAUGUUACCAGAGCAGCGGUAAAUUAAGAAAUGUGUUUCCUCUAAAGAUAAAUAUAAAAUUCCACAAUUUGAUACCAUAAAGAGUUUAAUUUUAAUUACACAAUGUUGAUCUACAAAGAAUCUAGAGGAGGCUUUUGCUGUAUUCCAUUUCUGCCAAACAUAAGAGAAAAUGUACUGAUGAAAAGGAAACGUAUCCACAUUGGAAAACAUUUGACUGUCUAAUUUUUCAGACCUUGAUUCUUGUAUCAAUCACUCAAUCUCUGUUUAUUGUGCCAAAGACUGAGAAUCAGUGCAGUGGGAAGCCUGUUUUUGACUGUCAGGACAGCAUACACUUUUCAAUAUUGGAAAGGCUAUAUAUUAUUCUAAAGAGCAAGUUAUUAAAGAGUUAUGCUGAGAUGUAUCUUUUUUUGGUACUAAUAGUAGAAAAUAAUGCACUGGUGGGUCCUUUGACAGAGAUGUUUUAGAUAAAGUGUUUAAGUGGUUAAAGGAUUCAAGGAAAAUACAGGAAAAAGGUAUGGGAUUUGAUGUUUACUUAUUGAUCUGGAUUAAUGUCAUUUCUAAACUUUAGACAUAUCUAAUAGGCUAAAAUGAUUUAAAAAGAAAUAUGUCUGUGUGUGUGUGUAUAUAUUGAUAAAUGGGUAUAAUUAAAUAUAUAUACAAACACAUACUUAUAUACUAUUACCCAGGUAUAAAUUCUUUUCUUCAGGAUUUUUUUAGAUAGUGGUAGAAUAAAAAUAAUUUUAAAAUGUCAUACUUUAUAGUUUAAUUUUAAGGGGAAGAUUGGUUAUUUUCAAUUAUUAAACGUUAAAAUAGGCCAAAUCACUUUUUAUGCAAUCAUGUUUUAUACAGUGGUCUCAUUGCACAUUGUGUUUUUUCUGCACUUUUUACGGUAUCCUUAUCACGCUGGUAUGUCAAUAUACACCCUAAAGAAAAGUUCCAUUUAAUGAUUGUGCCUUGUAUUCUAUUAUUUUUUGCAUCAUUAGUAAAAUUAAGUUGUCUAUUGUAAAUGAUAAUUAUAUGACUUAGGAGAAUGUAUUGCUAUAUGUACUGCUAUGGAAAAGGAAAGCAGUUAUUUAUUUGUUUAUGGUACAUUACUUAUUUUAUACCUUAAAAACCAACAUAAAUACCAUUUCUAUUGUUUAAAAAUUAUUGCCCAUUUUUAAAAAGUUGAAAGAAUGUAGUAUUUUCUGAGGACUGGUAUGGUAUAAAAAUGUAACCAAAAUUUUCAGAUACUACAUUUUUUUUUAAAGUGAGGAUGAGAAAAUAUGUAUUAGUAUGACCCUAAUGUGGAAAAAUAAAGACUUUAAUUGAACCGUGGCAAAACACAUUACAUAAUUAUUUCUCUACUUAUUUCUGGUAGGGAUAAAGUUAGCUGUCAUUUAAUUGUUUUGAAGACGAAUGGAAAGCAGUGCAUUUGGGCUUUUUAAAUUGUUUGUAACUAAAUUUGUACAGAAAUCCUGUGAAAUUAAGUAAACCAUUUUCCAGAUCUUAACUGGAUUGCUGUGAUUUUGCAGUUGAAAAAUAAUUUCAAAUUUUUCAGGUUUUUGUAUAUUUAUUUUUUUCUAACAAAUAUAUUUACUAUAUAAUUAAAAUUCAGUAGCUGAACUCUUCAUAAUGCAGAAAUGGAUGGCUUGGUUGUAUAGUAAAAUGAGUCUUUCAGUUACACCAUUAUUGAAAAUAAUAGUGUAUGCGUUUGAAAUUUGUCAUUAAAGUAAUUUGUUGCUUUUGAAGGCAAUCUAUUUGAAACGUAAUUUCCUGAUGUUAUCUGCAUUGUGUUAGAAAAAAAAUAAUAGAUUAUAAAUCCAUUUUUGUAAAAAAUGUGUACAGUUUUAAAGUGUGUACAGAAAAAGGAAGCACGUACACAGUCUGAGUAGAAUAUACCUCUACUACAGUGUAUGGAUUAGUUAUAACUCUUGAGCAAGAAACGAGUAUUUACCAUUUUACGUGCAGCAAGUAAAUGUAUUACUCCUGUUCUAAAGACACUGUAUAUUUAUGACCUUAUUUGGACAUUAUUAGACACUGGUUUCUUAGUAAAGCAAAAAUGACUUGGAUGAGAUUAUUUGUAAUUGAAACACUUAAAAAUGUAUUAGUAAUACCAGAUAUAUCUAGAUUUUAUAUUUUUAUAAUUUAGCUUCUAUACAUUGCAGAAGUUCAAUUGAGAAAUUUAAGUCACCAUCAUAUUUUUGUUUUGUUUGACCAUUUGGAAAAUAUCAUCUUUGAGACAGUGAUUCCAUGUAUGUACUGUUUAUAAGUAAAAGGAAAUGUUGGCAGUUGUCUUGGGUGAGCAAUAAAAAAACUCAAAUUUACUGAAAAUUUUGAAAAUAUAACCUGUUACAUGCAUGGAAAUUGUAAAUCAAUUUAUGUAUUUUUAAGUACCUAACCCUAAUAUUCUCUCCGUUCAUCACAACAUUCUCAAAUCCCUGUCAAAUCUUAAAUAAUUCUAAGAUGUUGCAAAUGAGCAGUUGAAAAUAUAAUCUAAUUACAGGAUCACAACUGGGCAAUAGGUAUAUACUUUCUUAAAAUACUAUCUUUCGUGGUCUGCUAUUAUGGCGUUGGACUAUUUUCUGCAUAUAUUAAUGUAGUAAAGAUUUAUUGGUCUUGUUUCCAUUAUUUUUAUUACUGCACAGCUUUACAAAUUUGAAGACUAAUUUUCACCAAACUGUCAUCCUCAAAUUUAAUCACAAUAACCAUAUGGAAUAUUUGUGAGUUUGGGUCACAUCUGAGACAUGAACUUGGCAAAAUUUAGUAUCACUUGGAAAUGGAUUAUGUAAGAUACACAGAUCAGCAAAACAAUCCUCAUGUGGCAUAUUUGUGUUCACAUCUAGAACUGUCCCUUUUCUGUAGUACAGUAGACUAAUUAGACAUUGUAAAAGUAUAUUCAAAUAACAUUUUUGCUUAUGUGAUAUUAGCAACAUUUACAUGUUUUAAAAUAUGAUUUGUAAUGUAAAUUAGCUCAUCCAGUUAAUAUUGUUUACUUUAAUUCUGGCAUUCCAUUUUAUACAUACCAGCAUACCUGUAUCUCUCAAAUGUCAACUGGAAGCAAUUUGAUUUUCAGUUUUCUAUGUAAUGAAAACAAAUUAUUAUUCUGAAUAUUUUCCUUCAUCUGAAACUUACUUUUGAGUAGACUGAAAGGACCAAGAUACUUAAGUAUUUAAAGGGCUGUGUGUUCCUUAUAUGCAGGAAAUAUAUAAUUUUAAAAGUCAUAAUAGGGGAAGUACUUUUAUGUUCUGUGAAUUACCCCCAUUCUUAGAAAGUAGUUUUUAUUUCACAUAAUAGAUUAAGAAAUGGUUUAGUUAUAUUUAGGUGAGAAUUUAUUUUCCUAUCAAAAUUGGGAAAAUAGACCUUUCCCAUUCUUUUCCCAUUGCAUUUAUCCUCAGUUCCUUAAAUUUCCAAGUGAUUUGAACUAAAUACUACAAUUACUAAGAAACUAUUUUUGUUCCUAAUUAUCCUGAGUUAAUCACUCCAAAUGAAAAGUCAUUUCCUACUAAGUACAGUACCUGAGAAGUAGUCAAAUUGAAUCAGAAACCUGUAGGUACCACUUUUGACACUCCAGAGAUAAACCUUGUACACACUACAGUAACAAUUAGAAAAUAUGAGCUAUAAACACUUACUUUUAGUUCUGAUAGCUCUGUGUUGAAAUACUUUUUUAAUGCAGAUAAAAUCAUCAGGAAAUUUAACCAACCUUAUAUGGCACAAACCAAAUACAUAUAGUGGAUGGCUAUGAGUUUCUUCAUUUAAGGAACUACAGGAGUAGGUUUGAGAUGAUAUAUAGUACACAUAUAUGGUGCAGAUGCACACGUAUGCUUGUUACUUUUAAGAUUAUGCGUAUUGAUUAAUCACAAUGAUAAACUAUAAAUUGAGAUAAAAUACAAAGUUACAUUUUUGGACCAUAUUAAAACUGCAAGACAUGGGAUCUUAUUAAGGAUUUUUUAGAAAACUUAAAUCCUGUCACACAAUAUUUAGACAUGUAGAAUGUAGUUCAAUUUUAAAAAGUAACUGACCUAGAGGGUUAAAGUUGAAACUGACACAUUUUCAAAUUAAAAUUAUGCUUAUUUUGUACAGAAAAUGUUAAACACAAGCAAAUUUGUUGUAUGUAAUAAGUAACAGAGUUUAAAGACAAAUUAAUUAUUUAGCUCUAUUGAGGUUUUUGUUAUUUUCUUCCAGAAAUCUGGAGUAUCAUGUUUAUAAAUGGCGGUCUCACACCACAAUAGCAGUGCCCCUUCUUUCUGUACAUAUUGAUUGGACCUUUCUUUACUGUUAUGUGGACACUUUCUAUGUUAGUUUUGAUGCAUAAUUCUUUGAAUCCUUUUAUACUAGAAUGUAUGUGUAAGAAUUCCUGUCCCUGCAAUGUAGUAACUACAAACUUAUUUUUAAAUAAAUAGAAAACUUGUUUUUCUAAA